UUUUUAAAUUAUUUUUUUUUGGUUUAAAAAUUAUGAAUUCAUCUGUUGCUCUUGUUUGGAGAACUUUGUGUUCACUUAGCAUUCUUUCACUUGCUCAUUGUGCUUAUAGCGCUGCUCAGCAUCGUUCAUAUCUUCGUUUAAUUGGACAACCAUUUACUUGUUUACCAAUAGAUUUGUUGUUUCAAACAAUUAUUAGUCUUUUAAUUGCUAUGGUUUCUACAGCUUUUGUUGUUGGGGAAUUUCAACCGAUUCGAGCUGAUUUUUUGACUUCAAAAAAAUCUUGGGAUACAAUUGGUAAUUGCCCUUCUUUUUAUAUUUUUGAUCAUCGAGGAAAAUGUUUAUUGCCUAAAUUUGAGGUUGAUGAAAUUUAAGGAGGAAUUUGAAAAGGUUUAUUUUUAUUUUAAAGAGACAGAUCUCUUUCUAGUCUUUUUUAUAAUUAUUUGUCCAAUUGAAAAAUUUU